AUGAACUGCAGUGACCGAGCGCGCCCCAGUGACCUUGGCAUUCACCUUGGGAGGUCUCCCUCUGCCGACCUCGGUCUUUGCAGUAGGGUUAGGGAUCAUGGCCUGGAGAACUAUGAGAUGGGCCUGGAAGGUUCCUUUUCGGCAGUGUCCCACAUAGAGACGGCCCCUCUGCACGGGGUCCAGGAUGAGGAUGAUGUGGAGCGGAGCUCAGGCCAACUUGCAGACGGAGAGGAAUCGGGAAUGAGAAUGAGUCUUCGUUUUGUUAACCACGAAGAUCUUACUCUGAGGCCAUACACUGCUGUCGGCCUCAACGGGAGAAGCCAGACCCCCUUUGGCUCGUCCAGGGUCUCCUGGAGUUUGUCAGAGCUUGAGCUGGAAGAGAGGAUGACACCCACAGUAGGCGCACCAGCAAACCCACAUUCCCAAAGCUGGCUCCUGGGCGCACCCAGGAGUUGAGUGGGAAGGGGCACAGUUGCCAUGGCACCAGAGAUGCUCCCCAGGCAUCUUUAUCCUCCCGGGAAAAGGGGGCCCGGGGCAGACGCCUCUCUCCCCGGCAGUCUGGCAGGAGCGCCCUUUCCUGUGCUUGCGGGUGCUCCCACCCAUCUCCCCUCCAAGAGGCUAAUCAAGGUUUGCGCCUCUCUGCCCUCCCGCCUACCCCCGCGUUUCCAUACAGUUUGUUCACAGGCCCCUCCUAGGCCGGGGGUGAAUGCUCACUUACACUGA